AUGUCCUACGAAAACACCUACCUAACUGUUAAUAGCCCUUCAUUCGGCCGCCUUCCUGUCUCCUUCCCUUCCGCCUCGGCGAUGACACCCCCCAUGAUGCCCAUCAUCGGAUAUCCCGGCCAGCAGUUGAUGAUGGCAAGCUUAUCCCCUCACCCCCAAUUACCCAUGACAAACACUCCUGUCAUAGAUAAACUCAACCCACCGCCCCGAAGAACCGGAAUCUGCAAGUUUUUCAACGUUGGAAAAGGCUUUGGUUUCAUUAAAGACGCAAGACCCGAGGAACUACCCGUCUUGACAGGAGAUCCAGGAACUGAUAUAUUCGUACAUUAUUCCUGCAUCGUAUCUUGUGACGCGCCAUACAAAUCACUACUUGAUGGAGAGAUAGUGGAAUACUACCUCGGUCGUAGCAAUAAAGGCUUGGCCGCGCUGGAAAUUACGGGUCCUGGAGGGGUGAAUGUAAAAGGAUGCAUGAACUCUCGCUCCCCAACCGUUCUUCAACCUAUGCCCAACUUCUCUGGACCUAUCCGCAUGAUCACCUCACCGGUCACCUUUGGACCGAAUCACUCACCAAAUCCUUCACCCAUCGCAUCACCUGCCUUUGAUUACAAUACCUUUCCAACCUCUACCGGAUGGUCGAUCCCGAUGAGCGGUGCACAGACCUUGGGCGUCCACUCUAACACCGCCGGCUACUCCCUCGCUGUCGGCAUGCCUCUCGGGUUAAACCAGCAUCUACGAAGGGAAACAACAGAGUGUCUCGGUGUUCCCAAUAACGACUCUUCAGCAAAAAUGUACCGCGUUUCAUCGACUCCGAUAUCAGCGCCAGGCUUUGGUUCUACCCACGUUAAAGGAUUCCGCGAAAGUGCCAACAUGACUAACCUAGGGGUUGGAAUUGGCAUUGGGGUUCACUGGGAACCCAAGUCUCGCGGGAAACCUGUGCAAUGGAGUCCUCCUGGCGCCCCUGGGGAAGCUCUGCAAGAGCUAUCACAAUCACACGGGAGACGCCUUGGCGUCACAUCGGCCACUGAUCGAACGAAAUCCAACUGGAGGGGCGAGGACAUCAAGCAUCGUAUCGUCAGCCUAGAGAUCAAUGGCUCUCGCGCCUCGCCUUAA